AUGCCUUCGGUGGGUACGAGGAGGUCGACCCGAGUUUUCGUGCGUAAGAAUGUCACGAAGGUGACCCCGGAUGGGGACCCGGCGGCAAGGGUACUCAGGUCGGGGAAGCGCCUCUCACUGUACAAACCCGUCGGAAAUCAGGUCGUUGGCGAUGGAGAUGGAUCUUCAUACGAAUGGAUGGAGCUUUUUGGGAGUUCCGGCGAGUCGGAGGAUGCCGAUUGGUGGAGAGGGAGGAGAUCAGGAUACAUGUCGCGGAAAGGGAGCAAGGAAGGACUGAAGAAGUGUAGAUAUCAUGCAGAAGAGGGGCUCGAGCGGGGGGACGUUUCUCUGGAGGACAUGCCGUCAAAGUUUCUUCUACAGGAAGAUUCUGGGAUUUCCUUCCCGAAUGGCAAGCUGUUUGGGAUUUUUUACAGUCGGAAGCGGAGAAGAUCACAUUCAGGUCCUCAUUCGAGGACCAAUAGCUCCAAAAAUGUUUGGAACUCUCUCUUUGACGGUCUGGGUUCAUUAUCUUCUGUGUCCGGAGACAAUGUGAGACAGGAUCGGCGCUAUGGCAUUGCUUUUGUUCGGAACAACUGUAAGAAGCUAAGGUUGUCCUUCUCAGAUGAAGGAAAGCCUACAAGUUCCGAGUUUUUGAGCAAUGGGCUCGAGAUCACUGGAGCAGUGCGAGAAUUUGCAGAAAAGUUUCUCAUUCCAGAGAGUGAUCUGUGGUUCGGUUCGACCAGACCUGCGGCGCUGGUUUUGCUAAUCAAUUCUGCGAGAAUCUCGAGUUCGGAUCGUUUUUCUUCCCUUCUUGCUUCCAUUUUGACUGGAAUGAUCACCAUGGGGGUUAGCUUAGCUGAAUGCGCUUCCUUUCUAUCGUCUAGAUCAGCUGUCAACUUGUUCUCCUUGAAUGGCAUCCACUUCUUACCAUUGCAGAGCUGGAAACCUGUGAGUUCUCCUUCCAUCUCCGCAGUUAUCUCACAGUUUUUUUAUGCUUCUUACUACCUGUAAUGUCUCCCAGUUGAUUUCUCAUUGUGGGCAAUGGGUAACUCUGUUUAUUUUUUUCUACAGGAAUUUUCUCACAGGAUGUCAAGAUCUGAUCCUAGAUUUUGUGUCAUUUUCGCUUCACAGAUGUUGGCUCCUCUGCUUUCUGUAAAUUUUUCUGCUCUUCCUUAUCUCUUCAAGAGUUGGCAUUUCAGUAUCUUCCUCCGUCUGCUCUAUAUACCCAGCAGCUCUGCAAGACAUCACAGCGAGCUGUGCUCGUGUGGAACUGCAGAAAAUAGUGUCGAGGAGUAUCGGUUCUAUGAGUCACGGUUACGUGCAGACACCUCCACUUCUGAAAGGAAGAUGGCGUCCCUUGGAACCCCUGUUGCCAUGGAUAGUGCUGCUAUUCCUGUUACUAGAGAGGGGAGGAGUCGUUCUACUGCAGUGUCCGAGCCGGCACCCAGAACUGGUUCAGGGAUCAACGCCAUGAAGCUCCGGAAACGUGGGAGAAAGAGGAGUUUCUUGAGGACUGGUAGAGUUCCCGGCGUCUCCAGCCGUUCAUUAAUGAAAUCUAGACGAAGUAAGUUUUUUGAUAUGCAGAAUGGCAUGCUGAAAGUAGAUGUAAGGGUCAAAGUGCACCCAAUUCACGAGUCUCGGGAGUUUGAGGCGCUCUCCGAUAAGGCGCUUGAUUCCCCGUUGACGGAGAGCGGUGCUGAAGAGUAUGCCUCGCCGGUUAGUCAGAAGAGGAGAAGGUUUGAUGCGAAGAACUCUAUCAAAAGGAUGAAGGAACCCAAGACGGCUUUCGCGGAGGCUAAGCAGAACGUUGAUGGGUUGAGCUGCUCUACAAAUAUUCUAGUCAUUGAAGCUGACCGUUGUUGGAGGGAGGAUGGGGCUAAAGUCGUGUUGGAGUUAUCGAGCUCAAGCGAGUGGUGCAUCGUGGUGAAGUUGGGCGACUCCACAAGGUUCAUGCACAAAGCCCAGGAGAUGAAACCGAGCUCUUCCAAUCGAUUCACACAUGCCACGAUUUGGACUGGUGAGAAUGGCUGGAAGCUGGAGUUCUACGACAAGAACGACUGGAAUGUGUUCAAGGAGCUGCACAAAGAGUGCAUUGAGAGGAAUCUGCAGGGGAUUCCCACAAGGAUAGUGCCUGUUCCAGGAGUGCGGGAGGUUCCGGGCUAUGAGGAGAGUUGCCCAUCUCAUUUUGCGCGCCCAGAUUCUUACAUCCACGUGGAAAAUGAUGAAGUGGAUAGGGUGCUGAUGAGUGAGAGUGCGUCCUAUGAUAUGGACUCUGGGGACGAAGAAUGGCUGGAAAGGCUGAACACCAGCCUCUCAUGUGGCGAUGUGGACCGCUCUUCUCUUAUUUCGAAGGACGACUUCGAGAAGAUUAUCUCUGCCUUUGAGAAGGCUGCUUAUAGCCACCCAGAUGAUGUAUCUGAUCAGGGAGCAGCAGCUGCUCUCUGCUCGCAAUUUGGGAAUUUGAGAACAGUCGGAGAUGUCUAUGAUUAUUGGAUGAAGAAAAGGAGGCAGAAACAUUCAGCACUGAUCAGAGUUUUUCAGGUGCAAUUCAGACUUCUUCAUAUGCGUGUGCCUAUUUGGUUUGCUUCAACAUCUCCCGCGUUUGAUUCAUGUCUAGCUUUUUGUUUACUUAACUACUAAUGCGUUGUAAAUAUCUUAUAUAGGCCACAUAUUAAUCGGUAGCCUUUGUUCUUUCUAUUUAUUUAUUUUUACUAUUUUUGAGUUAUAUAGGCGAAUAUAGUUUCACACCUUGCCCUAUAUCAUAUCAUUGAAAACUAUGCUCUUUCCACUAUAGCCCAGGUGUUACUUACGUAAAUUAUAAGCAUGAGCUUCCUUCGUGUGAUGCUCAUGGCUGAACAAUUCUUUGUAACAGGGGCAGCCACCGAGGAAAAGGCAGCCGACCCAGAAGCCACUUCUGAGGAAGAAAAGAUCCUUUAAGAGGCAGGGGAGCCAUGCGGGAAGGGGGAACCUGGACAUCUUCUUCGAAGGUGCUUUUUCCAUUCAUGAACAUAUCACUUUUAUCCAUCUAUUUCUUAUAAAACGUUCCCAUCUAUGAAAACACAGAGACAUCAGAACUCGAAUAGCUGAUAUGAAUUAAUGCAACUAUGAAAGCAGCACAAAUCAUGCUACGUCUUAUUUUUUCAUAAUUUAUAAUCGUACGGUGAGAUACUAAUUAUUCGUAUAUAUAUAGUCGGAUCAACAUAAAAAAUAUCAAUUUUUUCUCUUCACAAGGUACCUUUGACUUCUGCUGUAAUUAGAACCCCGGGAUGAUGAACUUGAAAGGGUGAAGACUGAAAAGGGAAGAAUUGGGUCUUUUUGAAAUUUUCUUACUCAGAUUAUUUAUCAGGGUUUCUCCCUGUUUAUCAGAAGCUCUUGAUUAACUGGUUAAACGUAUGGUUGUCUGACCUGAUCCGUUGUCCGAUCCCAUGCAGCCGCCGCAAAGCAAGAGGCAGUCCAGAGGUUUCAGGCGGCCGAAGCAGCAACUGGGAGGUAUGUGGAUGCUGCUGUCCGACUCCGCAGCAGGGCCCAGGAGCUCAUGAUGAACGCCGACUUGGCCAUCUACAAGGCCGCCAUGGCUCUGAGGAUCGCAGAAGAAAUCAAGGAAUCCGCUUCCCCUGAUCUCUCCAUUCUGAGCUCACCAGAAGCUUCUCAGGGGCAGUAA